AUGGACAUUCGAUCGUUCUUUCAGAAGAAACCUCUUCAUCCGAAUAGUAAAAAGAAAGCUGUAACACCAGCCAAGUCCAAACGUGUCGAGCCUGAACCAACACCUCCAUUGCGUCCUGUAACGCGUCGCUCAUUAAAGCAAAAUGUUGUGGUGCUGAAUGAUAGCAAUGAUGAUGAUGAGGAGGAGGAUAAUGAGAGCAUUAGAUCUACAAAUCGAGUCAAGAAACAAAAGAAAACGACAAUCGAUUUGGACUCGGACUUUGAAAUACAAUCCAGUGAUAACGAGGUAUCAGACAUGAGACUCAAGAAAGAAUUAGUGAAGCUAAAGCGACAUGAUUGUAACGAUCAAGACAAUGAAAAGAUGUCAAAAAUGAAGCCAAAGAUGAAGACGAGCAGAAACACUGCAGCUUCGACCGUGAAUUACUCUGAUUUGCCUCAAUCAGAGAACAAUGUUGUAAAACAGGAAGAUGUAUUGAAAAAGAUACCCGCUCCGUGCUCAGGAUGUCUUGAUGGUAAGACGUUUGUCUUUUCAGGUGUACUUGAGAGUCUAUUACGGGAAGAUGCAGUGCAUCUUGUUAAAAGUUGCGGUGGGUCGGUUGCAAACAGCAUUACGCGUAAUACGAAGUAUUUAGUGAUUGGUACAACGCUAGAACAGGGUGGAGACGUGACAGAGGGAUAUAAGUACCGGGAAGCAGUGGCCAAGAACGUGCGAAUCUUGACCCAGAAUGAGUUCUACAAUCUCAUUACGGAAGCAUCGGCAGCCCUACAAGCGCAAGACCUAGCGGCGAAAAAAGCGAAGACCAAGGCAGACACUGUCGCUAGGACUGCGACAUCCUUAAAGGGAAAACAAAAGUUGAACGUAUCAAUGAAUAACGAGCUAUGGACGGACAAGUACAAACCCCAGACGCUUGACGACAUGAUUGGCAAUACUGAGCUAGGUAAAAAGUUGAAAAUGUGGCUUCUUGACUGGGAAGCACUGCACGUGAAAGGAACGAAGAAGAUUCCAUUUUCGACGAAACUAUCGGAGAAUCGUGGGGCGAAGACGGUGCUAUUGUCGGGUCCUCCCGGUAUUGGUAAGACCACGAUUGCAAAUUUGGUUGCUCGUGAGUGUAGAUUUGAAUGCACCGAGCUAAACGCGAGUGACACUCGCAGCAAAAAAAUGCUGCAAUCUGGGCUCAAAGACGUGCUCGGCACACAAGCACUACGAUUCGGUGCGUCCACGGGCAAGUCCAACGGAAAAGUGCAUUUAGCACGUCGCGUGAUCAUCAUGGACGAGGUCGACGGAAUGUCCGGAGGCGAUCGUGGUGGUACGGCAGAACUUAUACAGCUCAUUAAGGAGUCGAAGACUCCAAUAAUUUGCAUUUGCAACGACCGUCAAAGCCAGAAGGUUCGCUCACUGGCAAACCAUUCUUUUGAUUUGCGAAUGCGACGUCCCACCAAGACCCAAAUUGGCAAGCGAUUGAUGGAGAUAGCUUUAAAAGAAGGGCUUCAUGUAGAAAAGAACGCAAUUGAAGAAGCUGUCGAUCGAUGUGGCAAUGAUAUUCGACAGUUACUGACGCAGAUGCAAAGAUGGCGACUUACUACCACUAAUGUUACCUACGCCGAUUUGGUAAACCCGUCGUCGCAGCACAAUAAGGAUGAAAGUCUACGCUUGAACCCUUUCAGCGCAACACAGCAGAUAUUUCAGCGUGAUCUUUCUUUUGAUUUGAGAACUGAGGCGUAUUUUGUCGACUACGAGUUGAUGCCGCUGAUGGUGCAGGAGAACUACAUCCAAAGUAUCAUGAACAACCGGACGUCGCCUGACACAAACUUGGAAGCAGCGAUGCACGCGUCAGAGUUCAUCUCAGAAAGUGACCUUUUAAACUCGUACGUCCGGAUGGAGCAGCGAUGGGAUCUGCUGACAAAGCAAGCAGCGAUGAACGUUGGUGCCUGUGUAUACUCGGCUGGAUUCAUUGGUCACCCGGAGUUUUCCAAAUGGUUAGGAAAAAACUCCUCAGCUUCCAAAUCAAAGCGAUUGCUAAGUGAGUUGUCAGUCCGAAUGCGAUCGCACGCCUCCGGAUCUCGAGAAGUGAUUCGCCUCGACUACGUACCAUACAUGAAAGAGAUCCUUCUGAUAAAGCUACUCUCAGGGGAAGACAACAUUCAUGAGGUAAUCGGACUGCUAGAUGAGUGCGAGAUCACCCGUGAAGACCUUACGGAGUCUAUGGAAAGCUUCAAGUUUCCUGGUGUAAAACGUCACUCAUACUCGGAGCUGGAUUCUAAGGCAAAGACGGCGUUUACGCGAAUGUACAAUAAGACAUCACACACGUCUCAAGCAGUCAUGAGGAGAAUGGUUUCCAUGCCGUCGGAUGUGGAGAGUGAGCCGGACGAGGAAGAGGACCUGGAUGUUAGCAAGUUUCAGAAGAAGCCACGCGGCGCCGUAAAACGCAAGGCUCCUGCUGCUGCCGAGAAAAAAAAGGCGCCACGCAAGGCACCGACGAAAAAGCGCCGCACGUAG